AUGGAUCAAGAUAUUGUCAAUGCUCUAGAACUGCUCAAUACUACAAAGCAAGAGGUACAAAGGAUGAGAGAUAGUGGAUGGAGCUCAUUACUAGAUGAUGUCUUUUCUUUUUGUAAUAAAUAUGAGAUAGCGAUCCCGAAAAUGGAUGCUCGCUACAUUCCUGGUAAGUCAAAACAUAGAGCUCUUGAUGUUACAUAUUCUCAUCAUUUUCAGGUUGAAAGAUUUUGUGUUGUUAUUGAUUUGCUACUUCAGGAGCUUAAUAACCAUUUUGAUAUUGUGAGUACUGACUUACUUCUUAGUAUGGCUUAUUUACAUCUCGCUAAGUCAUUUGGUAAUUUUGAUAAGAAAAAAAUAAUGAGAUUGGCUGAAUAUUAUCUGAAUGAGUUUGACAGCAGCGAACUUCGAGAUCUUAGUUGUCAGCUUGAUAAUUUUAUAGCACAUGUUCAAGGUUUUGAUAAAAGAUUUUUUAAUAUGAAGGAAAUUACUAAUAUUUCUAAAGUAUUGGUUGAAUCAGAAUUGCAUCAGACCUGGCCUCUUGUUUAUUUGCUCAUCCAGUUGACUCUCAUUCUUCUUGUUGCUACUGCUUUUGUAGAACGAGCUUUCUCUUCCAUGAACUACAUUAAAAAUAAACUCCGCAAUAGCAUGGGUGAUGAAUUUUUAAAUGGUUGUUUAGUUUUCUACGUAGAGCGUAAGAUAUUUUAA